AUGUUUACUGAUGCAGCAGCAUUGGCAAUUGCAUUGGUUGCCAUCAAAAUUGGUAAAUUACCCGCAGAUGAUAAACGGACCUUUGGCUAUCAGCGUUUUGAAAUUUUAGCAGCGCUGUUUAAUGCCAUGAUGCUGUUUGUGGUUGCAAUUUAUAUUCUCUAUGAGGCGUAUCAGCGCUUUAGCCAACCCCCUGAAAUUCAGAGUGUCGGUAUGAUGGUUGUGGCGGUUAUUGGGUUGGUGAUUAACCUUAUUUCAAUGAAGAUUUUAUUCUCCAGUUCAAAGGAAAGCCUCAAUAUAAAAGGUGCUUAUCUGGAAGUGUUAAGUGAUGCACUGGGUUCUGUGGGGGUGAUCAUCGGGGGCGCAAUUAUUUAUUUCACCGGCUGGAUGUGGGUGGAUACGAUUAUUGCUGUACUCAUUGGCUUUUGGGUCUUACCAAGAACAUGGGUUCUGCUAAAACAAAGUAUCAAUAUCUUACUGGAAGAAGCGGAUCGGAAUCAACUGUAUCAACAGGUCAUGGAAAUGCUCAGCCAUCAACAUGGGAUUACUGAGAUGACGCUACAAAUUGAAGACAAUGAGCAGAUCACGCCAAAACAUUACCCCUGCAAUCACAGCUGCAAUGAAGACCACAACUGUUGCAAUUUGCAAUGUUUGACCUGCACCGUUGCUGAAAAUCCACAUCACAAUACUAAUGACGACCAGUAA